AUGUCCUGGAACCAUUCUAAUGUGCAGACAGACGAGGCCAAAGACAACUACGACAACGCCUACGGCGGCAGCCAUGAGUCCAAACUCAGCCAUGAGGUCGUUGCCGGCGGCGCUGCCUUUGGGGCGAUGAAGCUUUUCGAGGACAGGCAGCGCAAAAAUGGAGAGCCCGUCCACCACGCAUUCGCCAAGGAGCUGCUCGCGGGCUUCGCUGGUGCCGAGGUUGACAAGCUCGUCGAGACCAAGGGGCUGGACUACAUUUAUAGGGAAAAGGCCAAGAGGCAUGCAGAGAGGCAGGCUGAGAGCCUCUAUGACAAUCAGUACGGCGACAUGGAGCAGUACGACCCGUAA